UCCUCACCAUCAUCUCACUGGACGCAUCUGCAGACUGCAGGAGCAGAGAUAUGAGUUCACACAGAUACAUUUUAACUUUCGUUUGCGUUUCUUCUCUACUCACUGAAUAUCCUUCAAAUAGACAUGACGGAUAUUUAAGUUAAAGACAAGUAGCACCCUCGGCUCAUUUGAAGUUUUCGUUUUGUCCCAUUAAAUCUCCUUUAAUUUAGUUCAUAAUGGGAUUACGCAUAUUUGGCACGCCGCUUUGCGCAUAUGCGUGCGUCUGUUUUUUUGUUUUCAUCCUGCAAGAGGCCCAGUCUCAGAGAAACCCGGGGACACAACAAGGAGAUAACCAAAGAGCGGCUCUCCGACAGACGCUACAGUGGUCACACAACGGCAAGGUUUUUAGCAUUUUAAGCCAGGGCUCGGAGUAUCAGCCACCGAGGCGGAGGGGCGCGCCUCAUAAGCAAGUGCAAGCGCGACCUGUCACCAUCAUUCGAGAUGCGGACGUGAGACAUCCGGACACCUCCAGCCAGCCGGUGGCCCAGCAACAACAGCAACAGCAGCCUCCCAGCCCGGGGUCCAGCCCGCCCGGCCCCGGUGGUCUCCCGCCUCCGCUCCAAAGGCUCGUGAGAGGGCAGGAGCACCGCCAGCAUCUCCAAGACCGCCGCGGUGAGCGCACCGGGACGCAGAGGAGCACCAAUGAGACCCAGGAAAAGGUCAAUGUCAGUCCGCCUCUGCCCAGGAGAGAAGAUAUGAUGGUGGGCGAUGAUCCCUACGACCCCUACAAAUCCAUUGAUAGUGAUAAUCCAUAUUACAAUCAUUAUGACGUUUACGAGAGACCGAGGCAAGGAUCCAGACCCGGAUAUGGCACACGUUAUCAUCAGUACGGUCUGCCUGAUCUCGUACCUGACGCAUACUACAUUCAAUCGUCUGCUUAUGCCCAGAGAGUCCCAAUGUACAACCUGAGAUGUGCAGCUGAGGAAAACUGUUUGUCAAGCACAGCCUAUAGAGCCAGAGAUUAUGACACCCGUAUGCUCUUGAGGUUUCCUCAGAGAGUCAAGAACCAGGGGACAGCAGACUUCCUCCCCAACAGGCCACGUUACUCCUGGGAGUGGCACAGCUGUCACCAACACUACCACAGCAUGGAUGAGUUCAGCCAUUAUGACCUGCUGGAUGCCACCACUCAGCAUUCGGUGGCUGAGGGCCACAAGGCCAGCUUCUGCCUGGAGGACACUUCCUGUGACUAUGGCUACUACAGGCGAUAUGCCUGCACUACACAUACCCAGGGCCUGAGCCCAGGAUGUUAUGAUACCUACAACGCAGACAUCGACUGCCAGUGGAUUGACAUCACAGAUGUGAAACCUGGAAACUAUAUCCUCAAGAUCAGUGUAAAUCCGUAUUAUCAGGUCCCAGAAUCAGACUACAGCAACAACAUUGUGCGCUGUGACGUUCACUACACUGGCAACUACGCCUCCCUGUCAGGUUGUCACAUGUCAACGUAUUAAGAAAUGAUAGUCAUUCACAGCAACUCAGCAGCAAAGAUGUUCUGUAAAUGAAGAGGACUGCAUAUGAAAACUUAUAAAACAUCAUGAAAUUAAUUGUUAAGCAUACAUUUUAUAAUUUAAAAUACUCCUAAUUUAGGGGGGAAGUAUAAUCUUAAGUAUAAUUUUUGCUUUUUACCCAUUGGUAUAUUCUUAUUUCUUACUCUAUUGCAUUGUACUGCUUGCUUUUCAUAACACUUGUAAGGUACUUAAAGAAUAAGAUCCAUGAAGAUUUUAUUCUUUAUUUAGAAGUUCAGAAGUUUAGAAGUGUAGAAGUUUAGAAGUUUAAAAGUUUAAAAGUUUAGAAUUUAGAAGUUUAACAUAGCAAAGUACAAACAUAAACCAGUUUUCCCUCAUUGUUAAGUAAAUAUCAAUUAUAUUACAGUUUUAACCAGUUGGAAAAGGUAUUUUUUAUAUUUAUAAGCAACGUAAGAAACUCUCUUUACUCCAGAGCUUUUGGUGAAACUUAGUUGAAUAAAAUGUUGCGAAAUUUUA